AUGACUGUUGAUUCCAGCUUGCCUCUCUCAAAAGAUUUGGAUUACCAUCUCUCCGCUGAAGCACUUAGACGUAAGGAAAGUCCUUUGAAGGGUGCAUUCAAGUACUACGGUAAACCAGACCUUGUCUUCUUGGGUGGUGGAUUACCUCAACCUACCUACUUCCCAUGGAACAAGAUCACUACCGAAUCUCCUGCCCCACCUUUCGAAAACGGGAUCGGUUACAAACCUCAAGAUGCUAGUGAAAUGACCAUCAGCGAAAUUACGAAGCACACUCCAUCACACCUUGAAGGUAUUGACAUCCCAUUGUCUCGUUCUUUGCAAUACGGAAAUACCAAUGGUCAGCCAGAAUUGAUCAAGUUCUUGAAAGAACACACAACUAUGGUUCACCCAAUGCAAUACCAAGACUGGGAUCUUAUUGUCAACACUGGUAAUACCCAAGGGUGGAAUGACCUUCUCAGAAACUUCUGUGACAAAGGUGACACAAUUUUGACUGAAGAAUACACCUUCGCCAGCUCUUUGGAAGCUGCUAACGCCCAAGCCAUCACCACAUUCCCUGUUAAGAUGGACUCUUUUGGAAUCAUCCCAAGCCAACUUGAUGCUGUUUUGACCAACUGGAUUGGAAAGAAACCAAAGUUGCUUUACACCAUUCCAACCGGUCAAAACCCAACCGGUUCAAGUUUGAGUAAUGAACGUCGUCAAGAAAUUUACAAGAUUGCCUGCAAGCACGAUAUUUUGAUUGUCGAAGAUGAACCAUACUACUUUUUGCAAAUGGAAGAAUACACUAAGGAUGUCAAUGCCAGAUCUGGAAAGUCUAUCCACAAUCACGAAGAAUUUGUUAAGGCCAUGGUUAAAUCAUUCUUGUCUUUGGACACUGAAGGUAGAGUGUUAAGAUUGGACUCAUGUUCCAAGACUUUGGCGCCAGGUACUAGAGUUGGUUGGAUUACUGCCAAAGCUAGUUUCAUUGAAAGAUUCACUAGAAUUCAAGAAGUUAGCUCCCAAAACUGUUCGGGUUUCUCUCAAUCUAUUGUCGGAGGUACUUUGAACCGUUGGGGUCAAACCGGUUACUUGGAUUGGUUGAUCAAAUUAAGAGCCGAAUAUACUCACAAGAGAGAUGUUACCGUCGACUCGAUCUACAAACACUUCCCAACUGAACUCAUGGAGUUCGUCCCUCCUGUUGCCGGUAUGUUCUUCGCCUUCCAUAUUGAUGCUACUAAACAUCCAAAAUUUGAAUCAGAGUUCAAGGGUGAUGUUCUUGCUGUUGAGAAGGCCAUUUACGAAAGAGCCGCCGAAUACGGUUCUUACAUGAUCCCAGGCUCUUGGUUCAAGACUGUUGGUCAAACUGAACCACCGCAACAAGUUGCUCCUGAAAAACAAACUCAUUUGUUCUUCAGAGGUACUUAUGCGGCAACUCCUUUGGAUGAAAUUAUUGUUGGUAUUGAAAGAUUUGGUAAGGCCAUAAAGGAUGAAUUCGGUAUCAAAAAUUAA